AUGAUCGAGGCCUUGCCCAGUGAAAUCGUACUUCAGAUCUGUCAAAACUUGCAUCAGUCAGAUUGUUUUCAUUUGAUGCUAUGCAACAAGUUCUUGAGCCAAUGCUGUCGUGAAAGAUUAUAUCAAUCUAUCAUAGUGGAUGAUGAAAGCCUCUAUCUUGACGACCUUUUGGAGGAUAGCUAUUAUCUUCGUGAUAUAUGUGGUGUCAAAGUGUACUCGAGCAGAGUGAGAACCUCGUAUGGCCUGAAACAGCUGAUCAGAACGCUUACAGAAAGUGACUCGGUUUUGCUAAUUCAGAGAAUUGAAGUCAACCAAGAUCUUGGUCUCCUCCGGCACUGUAUAUCCAGAAUGACAAAUCUAAAGUGUGCUCAGCUACCAGAGUCAGGCGUACUAAAUGCUCCCUGUCUUCAAUCACUAAGAACAAGAAAAUUAGAAGGCUUCAACAAUAAUCUUUAUGAACUGGAGCUGACCCAGAGCUGUAAGCUAAGUGUUUCUGACUUCAAGCAUCUCAGAAAGUUUUCGGUGAAUGGUAUUGCGAGAACUAGCUUGAAGCAAUAUCGGGUACCAUUAUCAUCGCUCUUCAUCACCUAUGGCCACAAACUUAAGUUGCAAGAACUUACGAUAAAAUCGGCACUGAUUUAUCCUCAAGAGUCAAAACUUCUACUCGAGGCAGUGGAGUUUUCGAGGGUGCAGGUGCUUCGCCUGAUAGACUUGUUUGAAUAUCCCACAUUGAGUUUGCCGGAAACGGACAUCAAGUGGGAGGACUUGCGCAUGUCAGAUUUGCCGCAAUGGAUAUCUCGAUUGUCAGAAGGUAAUCAGUUUCCCCAAACCGGUAAAGUACUAUUAGAGGCAUUGUCACCAUAUGUUAAAGGAUUGAGGGUGUUGGAGUUGCAAGUAUGCAACUUCUUGGCUGACCACGGUCCCCAGUUUAUCUCAUCUAUCACAGAUUUGAGGACUCUCAAAGUCAAAAUUCCAUGUCAACAUUUCGUGGCUUCUGAUAUGGACACUCGAAUUCGGGCGUAUUUACAGAGUAUUUCUUUGCAUACAAAUCUUCGUCAUCUGGUCAUUGAAUCGCCGCCAAUAGAUUUACCGUUGCUCGAAAGAUAUUUGUCGCAAAUGAGCAACUUGAAAGGUCUCAAGUUAAGUGUCAAAUCUAUUGAUCAGGCCCGAUUUGUCUCAUUCAUUCAAAGCUUCCCUGAAUUGGAAUUCUUAGAUCUAGGUGUUGAUCCUUUUCCUUCGUAUGAGUUCCAGGAGAAGUAUUUUGUUGAAGCUUUGAAUCAUGGUCCACUACAAUAUGCAAGAUUUUCUACCUCCAUCCAUGACAUAAAAAGGGGAAAGAUCAAAGGCAAGCAUAUCGAGUGCUGGUUUGACGAUAAGCUCAUGACUGUGUAA